AUGGAGGGGUCCGAAAAUCCCAAACCAAUCCCGGCAUAUUACUGUUGUUAUCUCCUCCGCUCGACGGUUCGACACGCCUCGCUGUACAUCGGCUCGACGCCAAACCCGAUCAGACGACUCCCUCAGCACAACGGUGUCGCUAAAGGUGGGGCCAAGCGAACAGCCAGAGAUCGCUUACGCCCUUGGGAAAUGACCCUUGUCGUAGAGGGUUUCACGAGCAGAGUCGGCGCUUUGCAAUUCGAGUAA